CACUGCGGGGGAGUGCACCGAAUGAUUACAUGCGCUUAAUCUUCUUCUUCUUCUUCUUUUUUUCCUACUCUCGUCUCUUUGCAUCUCUUCUUCGACGGUGCCUGUUAUUAUUGUGCGGCAUCUUGGUCUUACGUGCGCCGUUGGCUCAUUCUCCUAUCUUACCAUCAACCAUCGUCACCUCCGUUGAAUCAGACGUCGCUGGUAACAAGUUCGAUCCAGGCGAGAUCUCUCUCUCCGCCUCUGCUACAGCGAUGUCGAAAGCUCGUGUUUAUACCGAUGUUAACGUGAUCCGACCCAAGGAUUAUUGGGAUUACGAAUCUCUCAUUGUUCAGUGGGGGGAGCAAGAUGAUUACGAGGUAGUGAGGAAAGUGGGGAGAGGGAAGUACAGUGAGGUUUUUGAGGGGAUUAACAUGAAUAGCAGCGAGAAGUGUAUAAUCAAGAUCCUUAAGCCUGUUAAGAAGAAGAAGAUUAGGAGAGAGAUUAAAAUUCUUCAGAAUCUCUGUGGAGGGCCAAAUAUUGUCAAGCUGCUUGAUGUUGUCAGAGAUCAACACUCUAAAACCCCAAGCUUGAUAUUCGAGUAUGUUAACAGCACUGACUUUAAGAUUCUGUAUCCGACAUUGACUGAUUAUGACAUCCGGUACUACAUCUACGAGCUGUUGAAGGCUUUGGACUACUGCCACUCACAAGGAAUAAUGCACAGAGAUGUCAAGCCACACAAUGUCAUGAUCGACCAUGAGCUGCGUAAACUUCGCCUCAUAGAUUGGGGUCUCGCUGAAUUUUAUCAUCCUGGAAAAGAGUACAACGUCCGUGUGGCAUCAAGAUACUUCAAGGGACCCGAACUCCUAGUGGAUUUACAAGACUAUGACUAUUCCUUGGACAUGUGGAGCCUCGGUUGCAUGUUUGCUGGGAUGAUAUUCCGUAAGGAACCUUUCUUCUAUGGCCAUGACAACCAGGAUCAGCUCGUCAAAAUUGCCAAGGUCCUUGGAACCGAUGAAUUGAAUGCAUACCUGAAUAAGUAUCAGUUAGAACUUGAUGCUCAAUUAGAGGGACUUGUUGGGAGACAUAGCAGGAAGCCUUGGUCCAAAUUCAUCAACGCUGACAAUCGUCAUUUGGUCUCACCUGAGGCGAUUGAUUACCUGGACAAGCUCCUUCGGUAUGAUCAUCAAGACAGAUUAACUGCAAAAGAAGCAAUGGCUCACCCGUAUUUUGCGCAAGUCAGGGCUGCAGAAAGCAGCAGAAUGAGGACUCAAUAGAGAGAGAGAGAGAGAUGUCUGAGAGUAUUUGAGACAUUACUGUGUUGUUGAGGAUUUUUCUUUUUCCUUUUUCUUCUCCGGUGUGCUCUUCUUUUCUUUUGUUGCCUAUUAAAAACAAUUUCAAGUCCAUGUGUUUCUUCUGAAAUGUGUCAAUGAUUUAAAUAUAGAGUUCUAAAAGUUUAUUACCAUUUUCGUAUUUUAUUCGAGAAAUCUUGGAAGUUU